GGGGGCCGCGCCAGUGAAGACCCCCGGCGGGGACCACAUCAGCGUGGACCCAUGGAACUUGGGACCCUGGAGGAGUGAUACUCCUAGCCACUGGUGCCCUCUUCUGUGGAGCCAUGGCAACCCCGGAUGUGAGUGUCCAUAUGGAGGAAGUGGUGGUUGUGACAACUCCAGACACUGCAGUUGAUGGCAGUGGUGUGGAGGAGGUGAAGACAGUGCUGGUGACAACAAAUCUGGCUUCUCAUGGAGGUGACCUGACGGAAGAUAACAUGGAAACAGAAAAUGCAGCAGCAGCAGCUGCUGCAGCCUUCACAGCCUCCUCGCAGCUCAAGGAAGCAGUGUUAGUGAAGAUGGCUGAAGAGGGUGAGAACUUGGAGGCUGAAAUUGUGUACCCCAUCACCUGCGGAGACAGCAGAGCCAACUUGAUUUGGAGGAAGUUUGUGUGCCCUGGCAUCAAUGUGAAGUGUGUUCAGUAUGAUGAACAUGUGAUCAGCCCGAAGGAGUUUGUCCACCUGGCGGGGAAGUCCACCCUGAAGGACUGGAAGAGAGCCAUCCGAAUGAACGGCAUCAUGCUCAGAAAGAUCAUGGACUCCGGGGAGCUGGACUUCUAUCAGCAUGAUAAAGUCUGCUCCAAUACCUGCCGCAGCACCAAAAUUGACCUGUCAGGUGCCCGAGUGUCCCUGAGCAGUCCCACAUCUGCAGAGUACAUCCCGCUCACACCUGCUGCAGCUGAUGUGAAUGGUUCACCUGCCACCAUCACCAUAGAGACCUGUGAAGACCCCAGUGACUGGACGACAGCUAUUGGAGAUGACACAUUUGCUUUUUGGCGGGGACUGAAGGACGCUGGCCUGCUGGAUGAGGUCAUACAGGAGUUCCAGCAGGAACUGGAGGAGACUAUGAAAGGUCUGCAGCAGCGGGUACAGGAUCCUCCCCUGCAGCUUCGAGAUGCUGUCCUCCUCAACAACAUUGUACAGAACUUUGGCAUGCUAGACCUGGUGAAAAAGGUGCUGGCCAGCCACAAGUGCCAGAUGGACCGCUCACGGGAGCAGUAUGCCCGGGACCUGGCAGCCCUGGAGCAGCAGUGCGAUGAGCACCGCCGCCGCGCCAAGGAAUUGAAACACAAGUCCCAGCACCUCAGCAACGUGCUGAUGACGCUGACCCCUGUCUCCCUGCCGCCCCCCAUGAAGCGGCCGCGGCUCGCACGGGCCACGUCUGGACCGGCCUCCAUGGCCUCACAGGUGCUCACCCAGUCUGCACAGAUCGCCCUCGGCCCGGGUGUGCCAGUGUCCCAGCUGACCAGCGUACCUCUUGGCAAGGUGGUGUCCACGCUACCCUCGGCUGUCCUGGGCAAGAGCUCCCCUCAGGCACCCCCAGCAAGCUCACCAGCCUCUCCAUUGCUUGGGGGCUACACAGUCCUGGCCUCCUCAGGCUCCACUUUCCCUAGCACAGUGGAGAUCCACCCAGACGCAUCCAGCCUCACAGUUCUGAGCACGGCAGCCAUGCAGGAUGGCAGCACGGUGCUGAAAGUGGUCAGCCCACUGCAGCUGCUCACCCUGCCCAGCCUGGGCCCCACCCUGCAGAAUGUGGCCCAGGCAUCACCGGCAGGCAGCACAAUUGUGACAGUGCCCACAGCAGCUACCGCAGGGCCUGACGAGCAUACAGCCACCAUUGAGGUGUCCGCCAUGGCAGAGGACCACGAGCAGAAGUAGCCGGUAGAGGGAGCGGCCCCUCGGGGUGGACAGGGCUGGCUGCCUCUCCUCAGGCCGCUGCAGGCGGAGGCCACGGAGCUGGCUCAGCACCGACAGGUCUUGUGGGCUGAACCAAAGAGAGGACUUGCCAGAAGACUCAAGAAAAAGAGGGACAGAAAGAUGGCCAGCAACCUGAGAAAUUGGUCUUCACCUUCUAAACUCCUUCCCCUUUUUUCUUGGGAAAUAUACUUUUCCAUCUGUUGCUUAUUAAUACUGUUUACACAUUGGCCUUGAGCAGGAGCCAGGGGGACUGUGACCAGAAGGCCUAGGUAUAACUAGGUGCAGGCAGCAGAGGCAGGGGCAGCAGGCAUUUUACACCCUGCAGGUGCUGGUGGCACCAGAGUCCAGCCAAGUCACAGAGGUCCUGGUGUCUGUGCCCCUGCUGGUCCUGGCCUGGCGCCUGAGCCUGCUGGGGGGGACAUAACUAACACAUGUCUUGGGAAAUGUACCCAAGAGUGGAAACCCAUGGAUCCUAUGGAUUUGGUUUCUUCCCACAGUUUUCUGUAGGUUUAGUGUGGCCAGCGCCCCGCUCUUCUGCCUGUGGAAACAUGGUCCCAGGGCUGGGCUACAGACCCAGCAGGUGCUCAGGUGGCCAAGAGGCCCUACAGACCAGGGGAGGUCUGGGCACCAUUGCACAUGUGCUGCAGGUGUUUUUAAGUGAAUUGCUUAGUAGGCUUCUAGAAAGAGUCAUUUAUAGCAUUUUCAACCAAAAUGAUGCUGAGUGCCUAGGAUUCCCAAGUGGGCUAUAGGGUGGGCCUGGGCACCUGUGCGUGUACCUAGCUGGAUAUGGAGGUGCUGGGCUGCAACCUGCCUAAGUGAAGCUCUGGAGAAUUUGGCCGUGUUCCUUCAGAUUCGGGAUGGCUCAGGUGGCUCCCUUGUGUAGCCUGCUUUGGGACCUCCCUGUUAGCUCUCAGGCCCCUGAUCCUCUCCUGUGGGUAGAGCUGAGCCCCAGGGCGUUGGAGAGGCCGCCCAAGGCCGGGUAGGACUGGCUAGGACAGGUGUACUCCGUGCAGGCUACCUGUUGGUGGUUUGCAGAUCUAGGUUUGGGCUUUAAAGGAAUACUGGCAGGGGCCGUCCUCUAGGCCACAGCUCCUAGGGCCAAGCAUUUCAGGGAACAGGAAGCCCAGGUUGCUUGUGGAGUACGGCUUAGGACAGUCCUCAGGGCCAGCUCUCCCUGGACCUUCCUGCUGGCCUUGCUGUAGAGGUCCUCACAGCAGGAGGGGCACUGGCCCUCUUCACUGUAUUAAAGGGAAGUAGUUGUUCCUUUGUCCAUCAACCCACCCCCUUGAGUGUGCAGAUGCCACCUCGCACCUUUGCUCUGACCAGGGCCCUGUCUGCCUCCCACCCUACAUCAAGCUACUGAAGUUCUGUUUCUUUUCCUUCUGUUACAUCACUUUUUGCUGUUGUCAUGAAUCAACUGGUUUCAGCAUGAUGUUUACCUGUUUGUGUAUCUACUCCUUUUAUAAAACUCAUUUUUAUUCAAGUUGUGAGUCUUGUUACAUGCAGCAGUGUGACCCCGUUAGAGGCAGCGUCACUAAUGAAACACCUGUUGCCCCGGGAGUCAGGGAGCGUCCAAGGUGCUGUCUAUAUUCUGGGUUGUGGGUCCGUUUCCUUUCUUUAUAAAGACCAAGUUGGGACCUUUUCAGACCCUACCCCUUAGUCCCUGGAGGUACGGACGGCAGAGUUAAUUGUAGAGCCAUAUAAAAAGCCCCAAACCAGCUUCAGAAUUAAUUUCCACCCCCUUGUCAGUGCCCCAAGG